AUGGAAGCCCAGCUAGCACUGCUUCGAGAACAGCUUAGAGAGGAGCGACAACGUCGAGAAAAUGCAGAAGCCCUUACGAAACCUACCGACCUACCAACCUUUCUGUUAAAAUGCCACACCCUGUCACUGGCCAUCAACGUUGUGACCGACCCUACCCAGACGACAAAGGGAGACACAGCAAAUGCAACUCGACGCUACUUCCCUUCACAAAUCAUCCCAUGGGAUGGAUUCAUUGAUGAGCAAGCCUGCAUUUGGGAUCGCUUCCACCAGCACCCAUCAUUUAUGUUGAUGUCACAAUUUCCUUCAUCUCACCAGCUGGACUAUGUUCUCACAACAAUAAGGCCCAUAACUGCAGAGAUGGAUCUGCGAUACUAUGAACGGGAUACUGUCGAGAAUCAAGUGCAAAUGGUGGUGAAUGCAGUUUAUAUGGAUGACCUGCUGAAGCAAGCAUUCGAGUUGGCUGGAUCAGUGACCUUUGAGAGUCAUACAAACUUGGGAGCUUCCAAGCAAAGCCAACCAGUUGAGGAGGGGAUGCAACACCUGUCCAUUGACACAAACAAAUCCACUACUGAAAACUCUGGUUCUAGAAAGGGAAAGCAGAAACCUACUACGGACAAUAUCCCAAUUAGAGGACAAGCUGAUAGGUUUUGUGUCUAUCGACGAGGCAAUGGUGAAGAUGUCCCGGCGAUUGCUAUUGAGUACAAGGCACCACACAAGCUGACUUGUGAGGAGAUUGCAACUGGAUUGGCCCAGGAGAUACGUCCUACCCAAGAUGUGAUCAACAAGGAAGAAGACUCAGCUGAGUUCUACUCAAAGCGCUUGGUCACUGUGGUUGUCACCCAACUAUUCUCAUAUAUGAUAGGCAAGGGUGUGCAGUAUGGGUACAUAUGCACUGGAGAGGUGUUCGUCUUCCUUCACAUCCCCAAAGAUCCAUCAGUUGUCAGAUAUGCGAUAUGCGUUCCAAAUCUAGAUGUUCAGGUUGGCCAUGAGGAGGAUUUCAAGUUAACAGCAGUUGCACAGGUUGUUGCAUUUACCUUGCGGGCUUUGGCAGCACCCCCUCCUCCACAGGAAUGGCAUGAUGCCGCAAGGGAGCUUGGCAUCUGGCCGGUGGAGUACUCGGAAAUUCUAGCGCAAACCCCACCUGGCAAACGACUGAAAGGUCGCAAGGCUCCUUUGUCCGCAUAUCGUGGCAAAAAGAGUGACCUUCCCCCGUUUCAUAUGAUCUUGAGAUCAUGUCGACCGACCGAGAAUCGCCUUGGCAAUAGAUCUCCAAGUCCUCCGGCCCCCGAUUCUCCCUCACCUGCCAACAGGAGAUCUAGCACUCGCGGAAACCAGCCUGUUGUUCAAGCAAGGGGCCAGCGCGUCAAAAGUCAGGGGCAGGGGCGAAGUGGCGGUCAGGGGAAGAAGACGAGCAUGACUAUGCAGAUAAAGGAUCGACCGUAUUGCUCUCAGGAAUGCCUCCUUGGGCUGCGGGACGGAGGACCUCUUGACCCAUCAUGCCCAAACUUCCAGGAUCACCGUGGGAAGGCCCCCCCAUCCCGUAGUUUCUUGAAACGUAUUCGUUGCCAGCUUGCCGUGGAUCGAGGUGACAAUGCGGAUUGCCGCCCGCUUUAUAAGGCAGGAAGCUAUGGGGCGCUAUUUAAAGUACGGCUUUCCUCCCAUGGCUUUACUCUGGUGGCCAAGGGAGCAAGGAGGGAAAAUCUCAGCGCCCUACUACAUGAACGUGAAGUUUAUGAUAAGCUACGUACCAUUCAAGGCCACCAUGUCCCGGUCUGUCUUGGUGUUGUGCGGCUGGAACCAAAACGCCCAUACUACUAUGAUGAGGGGAGAUACACUCACAUGCUCUUGCUCAGCUGGGCAGGAAGAUCUAUUUCGGAAGGUCUUGGGCCCAUGGGUCCAUCAAUCUCCAGCAUGGUUAAAUGUUCAAUUCGGGCAAUUCACCGGCAAGGGGUUCUCCAUGGGGAUGCCGAACCCCGGAACAUUUUAUGGAACGAUAUAAACCAGCGUCUGAUGAUUGUCGACUUUGGACAGGCUUCGAUACGACAUCCUUUAUCUAGUGUCUCGCCAAAUAGUUCGAAGAGAAGGCUUCCUAAGGCAAAGGUUGGGGAUGCAUAUACUGUUGAACUUAGGACUGUGCAGGCAAGUAUUGGAGCUUUUAUCCGGAAUCGCGAAAUGUGAAAUAUCGGGGACACCUAUGGUAGACGCUCAUGGCCGCAUCAAUAUUCUCUAGUGGCGGGAGGAGAGCAGUUGAAUAAUGACUGAAAAUACGUCAGCUCUCCAGAGCGUGACUCGCCUGCGAAGACACAGCAGGGAGGCCCUAGCCACUCACGACUCACACCGUUUCCUUCUCGCGUUCAACCUCUGGCCACCCGUCAUCUCUUGGAAUACUGGGUAUAAUAACUCUUUAAUGAGCUCCCUACGACGCAGACAACGAAUAGCCAAAGUGGAUUCCCUCCAAUCUUGCCUCACAAUAAUCGAAGGUUCCGAAGGAUUAUGCCCGACUAUAUUUCCAAACACGUCCUCGCCUUCAAGAGGCCGUUCCAACGAUGAUCAAAAUAGCAAACGCCUAUCCACCCUGCGACUUCUCGAUGUUUGCCACUGAUUGCUCGGAUGGAAGAUGCCCUGAGGACAACGGAGGAGGUACAGGGUUGAAAGUCAUCCUCUAAAGAGGAAUAAUCAUUUCGAGUAUCCUGGUAUUCAAAAAAGGGUAAGAAGUGUUGGAUCCAGACUCUCAUGUUUACCUCUGGAGUCAAUAAGUAGCUAGUUCAGUUUAUUCAUGAACUCAGCUUCCAGAUCAGGAA